AUGCCAGUAACGAAUCCUUUUGCCACUGAGACUCUCCUAUUCGUCCCGCUUUACCUUCUUCUGCUUCCGUUACACACGCACCAACCUCACCUGAUAAAAAGAAAAAAAGCCAGGAGUGCCGACACGCGUAUGACUCUCUGCGAUCAUUCCCACUCAAUCAUCGCUCGGAUGUGGAGUAACUAUAAAUCAGCAGGGGCAUCUUCAAAGUUUUUUUUUAAAAAAAUAAAAAAAGACCCAAAAGAGUCUCUGAAUAUUCGUAUGUAUGCACCGGUCCACCCCACAAGGCAACUCAUGCACUGUGCACUCCUUUUAACUUGUGUGCUGUUCCCCACAACAAACACCCCACUUGAAAUCAACACGGCCGACAUGUUCUUCGAUUUGAUUAACCUAAGUUUUUAA